AUGGUUCCCUUCCGAUCCUCACGUACUCGCUCCCAAGCCCUUGCUGAAAAUGCGCCUAACCGAACAAGAGCGGGCCAGAUUGACCACGAUGUUUUUGAGGGAUUGCCUGUUCGCCGCUGGUCCCGCCAGCGGACCACCUUUUCGCAGACUCCCAAAGUCGAAGUACUCGAUACAGGUACAGCAGGCUCGCAUGCACUACCGGAGCUACCAAUGCCAAAAGAUAGCCAGCUGCUGACACCACUGAGUCGAUCGCUACUCCGUGCUGCCCGUGCCGGCUGUACCUACAUCAAGGCCGUCAGAAAGGAUCCCGAUACAAACGGGAAGGAACCUAAGGGAGAAGAUUCAGUUGGCUCGACGAAUUAUGAGCGAACGUUUACAGCUGUGAAAUGGUCUACAAUUCCCCGCCGUCUCGAACCUCCAGAGGCGGAGUUUCUAGCUAAGAGGCGGCCUGGUUUGCGCUCAUUAUAUGGGGCGGCGGGGGCGGCGAUCACCAACGCUGGACCCGGGAUUGCGAAUGCGGGAAAUCAAGUACAGAUGAGGAAAACGAAGUUCAAGAAGGUUGAUGCGGUAACUGGGAGUGUAAUCAUCUAUGAGGCAUGGGUACCCGAAGGGCAUAGGGUGGAAGGAGAAAUUGCAGAUGAAGCUGAGAUUACUGCCGAAAACCCCGAGGCUACUAUUGUUUCCGCCGCUCCUGCGCCAGGAACCGUAGUAGAGGGAGUCGGGAUAGUCGACCAGGAAGGAGUUGUUGUUGCCGAACCUGAAGGUAGUAUGGUCGCAGUUGUUCGAAAACGAAAUCCACCGCCGAAACGGAAGGCCAAGGGAUUUAGCAAAGGGAAACGGAAGAAAGUCAUGUUUUCGCAUGACGGUGCUGAUCCAUCCCAUGCAUCUGAAGGUUCAGGACAAGCAGUGACGGGACAGGCCCAGGAUUCUUCUAGUCAACGUUCCGACCAGCCAGGCAAGGAUGCCGCUGGUGAUGAAGAGGAGGACGAAGAAGAUGACGGUGAUGGAAGCGAAGAGGAAGAAGAAUACGGCGACGAGUCUAAACCCCAAACAAAAUCAGAAGCCGUACCAGCGCCUCCAGAACUAGAAGACAAGAGGCAAGGCGUCUCUGGAAUGAAUCCCCCUGAUAAGUCUAGCUCUCCGGAAUUGCCGCUUUCAAAAGCGGUCACUGAACGUGCUGAAACGGCCGCAGCUGGUAGCAACCUGCAUACACUUUCCACUGACAUGGAGAAAGCGGAAGCUUCCGAUAUGGUUUCACCAUCUGAGCUAGCUAUUGAUACGCAACUAGCUCCGCAGAUAUCGGAACAAGAGGUUGAAAACCAGCAAAAGGUUGAAUCGGCGUCGGAUAAACCACCUACGCCGUCACAGGAAGACAAAACCUCAGACAAACCCCAGCAUACGCCGCCACCGUCUAUGGAAGCCGAACGCACUCCUGCAUCGAUUGUCGCACCUACACCAAUGGAAGAGGAGCGUACACCGGCAACUGAACCUUUACAGGCCUCAAGAGAACGUACUUCAUCCGUGAUGGAUACUGGACCUGUCCGGUUUGAGGACGGAGAAGUAGACCUCCUUGGAAGCUUGGAAGCUAGUCUAGACAACCCCCCUCAAACAUUUGAGGAAGAUAAGCCAAGUCAGGAGCGCGAGAAGGAGGAUGGAAAGGUUGAGGAAGCGGAUGUGACAAUGACUGGCUAG